AUAAAUCUAGGAGAUAUGGAAUUGGAAUGGAGCCCUGUUUUCUCCACAAUCAUAUUAUUACCAGCUUUCAUCCUAUUCUUUUCUAAGAAAAAGAGUAGUAAAUGUUCCUACAAAUUACCUCCAGGACCACCAGGAUUACCAAUUUUUGGUAACAUGUUUGAACUAGGAACCGAACCGUAUAAAAAAAUGGCAUGUCUAAAAGAGAAAUAUGGUCCUGUUUUAUGGUUAAAACUUGGCACCUCAUGCAACAUUAUGGUUGUUCAAACAGCUGAGGCUGCUGCAGAGUUAUUCAAGAACCAUGAUACUUGCUUUGCAAAUCGAGCAUGGGGUGAUAUACCACAGGUACACAAUUACUGUCAAGCAUCUCCUGCUUUAGCUCUAUAUGGCCCUUUUUGGCGGUUUCAAAGGCGGAUAUGUACUGUGGAAAUGUUUGUAAACAAAAAGAUUAAUGAAACAGUGGCAAUAAGGAGAAAAUGUGUAGACAAUAUGUUAAAAUGGAUAGAGAAAGCAGCAAAUUCUGCUGAAAAAGGAAGUGGGAUUGAGGUAACGCGUUUUGUAUUCCUAGCAACGUUUAAUAUGCUAGGGAAUUUGAUUAUGUCGAAAGACUUGGCUGAUCCAGAAUCUGAGGAGGCCUCGGAGUUCUUCAAUGCCAUGAAGGGAAUGAUGGAAUGGGCAGGUCUUACUAAUGUUUCUGACUUAUUUCCAUUUCUUAGAAGGUUUGAUUUACAAAGUUUGAGGAAAAAGAUGACGCGAGACAUGGGGAAGGCGAUGGAAAUCAUGUCUAUAUUUAUCAAGGAACGUGAGGAAGAACGAAAGAAGGGUACUGCAGAGAAGAGAAAAGAUUUCUUGGACGUGUUGCUUGAAUUUGAAGGUACUGGAAAAGAUGAACCAGCUAAACUUUCAGAACAUCAGAUCAAAGUACUCAUAUUGGAAAUGUUUUUAGCCGGUUCAGAGACGACCAGCAACAGCGUAGAAUGGGCACUAACAGAGCUUUUGCGCCAUCCAGAAGCAAUGACUAAAGUGAAAACAGAGAUAUCAAAAGUAGUUGGACCAAACAGGAAGUUUGAGGAAAGUGACAUUGACAAUCUCUCUUAUAUGCAAGCUGUAAUCAAAGAAUCACUUCGUUUACAUCCUCCUCUCCCUUUCUUGAUCCCAAGAGAGACAAGCCAAGACACCAAGUUCAUGGGGUACUAUGUACCAAAAGGCACUCGAGUCCUGGUAAAUGCCUGGGCGAUUGGAAGAGAUCCUGAAUGUUGGAAUGACCCUAUGAGUUUCAAGCCGGAAAGGUUUCUUGGCUCAAAACUGGAUGUGAAGGGUCAACAUUAUGAGCUAAUUCCAUUUGGUGCUGGAAGGAGGAUGUGCUUUGGUUUGCCUUUAGGCCAUCGCAUGAUGCAUUUUGCUUUGGGCUCGUUACUUCACAAAUUCAACUGGGAGCUUCCUGAUGGAGUCUCUCCUAAAUCUAUUAAUAUGAAUGGAAGCAUGGGAAUGACAGCCAGAAAACGCGACUCUAUUAAAGCAGUACCAAAAAAGGCUUGACAACUUCUUAAUAUGUUGCAUCGUGUUAUUUUAAUAAAUGUAUGAAUAACGUUUGGAUAGUUUGUAUCAUUUCCUAUUGUUACAUGCAACAGGUAACGACCAUAUCCAAGCACGCUGUUAUGGUAGUUAAUCUUAUUUCCUCAACAAGUAUUAUGAGUUUUCAUAAUUAUAUUAUGUAUUUUUGCAUAUUUUUCUUAUAAGAAGUAUUUAUAAUGCUUA